AUGGCUUCGCAAUACGUUAAAUGCAUAAUAGCUGGAGGAUUUACACUAGGGUUUGGAUAUUUACUAAUGAAAGUUGUUACACCCACUAAAGAACAACUUUACGAGAAAUUAUCACCGGACCUAAAACAUAAACUCGACUCUCAAGAACAACGUGAAAAUAAUGUUGCUGUAAUGGAAUUAAUGAAAAAAGUUGCAGAAUCAGAUAAACCAAUAUACGACCAUUAUCAACUUCGGGAUUUGCAAAAGGAAAUAAAUAAAGGAUAG